AUAUGUAGAAACAAUCAAUGGGCAGCAUUGUAAAUAACAGCUAAUACCAAUGUCAUUUCAUGACAUCAGGCCGUUUAUAAGUCCUUUAAGUAACUGAGGUUUAGUUCUUGUCUAGUUGGCUUCGUCGCUCUCUCUCUCCAUUGGCUCACUGGUAAAGAGAAACAAAAAACACAGAGCAAGAAAAUUAAAAUACAAACACCAAAGAGAAAGCAAAUAAAGAAGCCUCAAGCAAUAAGAAAAGAAAGCAGCAAGUUUUACAGAAAACAAAGAAAUAGUGAUACAUUGAGCUUCUUAUUGGGAAACAAUGGCUAGGCUAUGCUGUGUCUCAUUCCUCCUCCUGAUCUGCGCCUCAAUCUUGUUGAUGGGUUCAUCAUCUUCUGUUAUAGCAAGUGGGGACCACCACCAGAACCUUUCAUGGAUGCCCACCAACAACUCAGCCUGCAAGGGCUCCAUAGCAGAGUGCUUGGCUGCAGCGGAUGAGGAGUUUGACUUGGACUCUGAGAUCAACCGGCGCAUCUUAGCCACCAGCAAGUACAUCAGCUACGGUGCGAUGCAGAGGAACACUGUCCCUUGCUCUAGGCGUGGCGCCUCCUACUACAAUUGCCAGCCCGGAGCUCAGUCCAAUCCCUACAGCCGCGGCUGCAGCGCCAUCACAAGGUGCAGGAGUUAAUUUUUAUUUUUUGUUUCUUUGUUUUUUAUUUUUGUUCAUUUGAAAUGGGUUCGAUUGUUAUACAUGAACAAAGGGAGAGAGAGAUGGUUUGGGGGUGGUGUGUCAUUGUUGUUAUUAUUAAUGGAAAUGUUGAUGAUGUUAUAAAAUCAUAUUUGAAUGUCUCUGUAAAACAUUAAUAAUUGCUAUUCGUUUUCUUCAUA